AUGGAAGCCGAACAAGACUCGAGACUGAAGGAUGCGCUUGGCAACCUCCACAGAGCAGGGAAAAUAGCUCACGUUGAUCCCGAAGUCCUCAAGGUGCUCUCGAGUCCAAAGGAAAGCCUCAUUACCGCAGUGCCGGUGCGUAUGGACUCGGGGAAGCUCGAAGUAUUUCGCGGGUACCGCGUCCGUUGGAACGAUGCACGAGGUCCGACUAAGGGAGGCAUUCGUUUCCAUCCGUCCGUUUGUCUCGAUGAAGUGAGCGCGCUGGCCUUUUGGAUGACCUUUAAGUGUGCGGUUGCAGAUAUCCCGUUUGGUGGUGCCAAAGGCGGCGUGGCCUGUAACCCCCGUCAGCUCUCUCCGAGCGAACUGGAGCGCCUCAGCCGCUCAUAUGGGCGUAGUAUUAGUCUGGUAAUUGGCCCCGAUCGGGAUAUCCCUGCACCGGAUGUCUACACGAACACACGCAUCAUGGGAUGGAUCAUGGAAGAGUACGAACAUACGCAUGGCGGAAUCCGACAGCCAGCCGUGAUAACCGGCAAGGCGGUUGCCCAGGGUGGGUCUCCAGGACGCGACGAUGCCACCGCUCGUGGUGCCUACUACCUCAUCAAGGAGAUGGAAACGAGCACACAUCGUGAGCUGCUCUCAGGCGCUAACGGGCCGAUAACGGUAGCGAUCCACGGUUUCGGGAACGCUGGCCAGCACAUCGCUCGCUUGCUAGCCCACGAUCGCAAGUACCGCGUGGUCGCAGUGUGCGAUAGUCGGACGGGCGUCUUCUGUCGUGAGGGCGUCGACGUCGAUCGUUGUGUUGAGGUGAAAGCCGAGACCGGUGCACUGGACGCCGAGCGCGUUGGACACGGAGCCACUAGCCUGGAACCCACGGCAUUGCUGCUGCUUUCUGUGGACCUCCUGGUACCGGCGGCAAUAGAGAACGUGAUUCAUUCAGAAAAUGUUGGCCAGAUUAAAGCGCGGUUGAUCGUUGAACUUGCCAAUGGUCCGGUGUCUCCGGAGGCGGACAGAGCUCUCGCCUCGCGGAACGUGGACGUGAUCCCGGAUAUCCUUGCGAACUCGGGCGGUGUGAUUGUUUCCUACUAUGAGUGGGUCCAGAGCCGCACCGGCCAAUGGUGGAGCGCUGAACAGGUCCACGAGCGUUUACAGGCCAAAAUGGUCCAUGCGUACCGGGCUUUGUUCGAACUGCUUCAAAGGAUUCGCGCAUCGCCGACGGGGACUGCAUCGGCGGAGACUGACGGGGCACUGGGCGCGCUCACGUUCCGCGAUGCGGCCUACGUACUCAGUCUACAACGCAUUGCGGCUGCGAUUCAGGCAACAGGGGGUAGUGCCUUUUUCGAAAAACGCAGCCAUAUGUGA